AUGCAGUGUCAGUUAGCCCAGGAAAAUGCUUGCUGUGAGGAGGACAUGAGGGCGCUUAAGAAUGAGCUGUUGCUUGUGUUGGAGCAGUUGCCGGAGAGUGCACUUGUGGGGUUGGUUACUUUCGAUUCGAUGGUUAGGGUUCAUGAUCUCGGUUUUCCAGAGUGCUCGAGGGUUGUGGUUUUUCAUGGUGAGCGCGAACGCCAACUCUCAGCUGAUCAAAGAACUGUGAAGGUGAAAGUGUCCAGUUGGCUGAGCAUGCUCAAGACUCUGCCCACUGGGGUUCGUGGACCAGGCAUUCAGGUCAGGAACGGGUUUGCUCCUCAGGAGUGGAUCUUUAAAAUGGGCGUAUCUCUCGGCGAUUAA